GCGAUCAAGAGCUUCGAGGAUCCGUUUUUCUUCUUAUUCUCAAAUUUGUUCUUUCUCCAGGUAAUCGAUUUGGGAUCAGUAAACAAGAACAAAAGACUUAGAAGAUGAUAAUGAAGAAAGAAGAUCGAAGUUGUUUUACAUCUAUGCAGUAUCCAGAUCCUUUCAUGAUUUGUGAUGAGAUAGUUGAUGGUGAGAAAAUAUAUGGUACAAGUACAUGGCACAAAAUGAAAGCAUUGAUAGAGCGUAGAAAACUAUCUUCUGGCCAAUCGGCGCCUAAUCCAUUGCCUGAGCAUAUUGUUAUUGUUUCGGAGGAUGACAAAGAUACAGUUGCUACUCUUGUGGAGCAGUGUCCUGUUAUACUUAUUGAUUCUGAUUCUGAGUCUGAGCUUAAGCCAGAUACUGAUAUGCAUGAAGAUAUUUGUUCUGGAUGCGUCCUCCCAGGAUAUUAUUCGGGUGUUGUCCAAACAUGUCAGGGGAUUGUCUCGGCAAGGUCUAUUGAGUUGCUUACCAUAGAGAAUGAUUGUGAUGUUGGUUUUUCUUCUAGUCACGGUUUAAGGAGUGAGUUCAAUCCCUCUGAAAGCCCAAGUCUAUCUAAGCAGCACAUCGAUGUCAUUUGCAAGACCAAAACUGAACAAGAUAAAGGUGUUUACAUUGGUGUUGAAGAUGAUGAUAUUGAAAAUGAAGAAAGUAACCAUGAUGAGCUUACUGAUAUUUGGAAAGAGAUGGCUGUUGGAUUGGAGAGUUUCAGGGAUAGUAGUGCACAUCCAUCUUCCGAUAGCAAUGCUAGAAAUCAAGAACAAGAUUGUGAUCACUCGUUCAUCUUGAAAGACGACAUAGGAUAUGUUUGCCAAGUUUGUGGAGUGAUUGAUAAAGCAAUUGAGACCAUUAUUGAGUAUCAAUAUGCAAAGACCACACGGAGCACCAGAUACAGGCAUGAUGAAGCCAGAAGAAGUGACAAUGUGAAUGCUAAAACCUCUGAUUAUGCGGGGAUUGAAAUCUCCUCUGGACAUGGUAUCUCUGGGGAGGUCUCAGUUCAUCCUAGGCAUGCAAAGCUAAUGAAGCCCCAUCAAGUUGAAGGCUUUAAUUUUCUUGUUAGCAACUUAAUGACAGAAAAUCCAGGUGGUUGCAUUUUAGCCCAUGCUCCAGGAUCUGGGAAGACUUUCAUGAUAAUUAGCUUUCUACAAACUUUCCUAGCUAAGUAUCCCGAAGCGAGGCCACUGAUUGUUCUUCCAAAAGGUAUCUUAACUACUUGGAAGAAAGAAUUUAUUACAUGGCAAGUAGAGAAGCUUCCUCUAUAUGAUUUGUACUCAUCAAAAGCAGAAAAUCGUUCACAACAACUUCAAGUUUUGAAAACUUGGUCCGGUCAGAAAAGCAUAUUAUUCUUGGGAUACCAACAAUUUUCUUCUAUAGUAUGUGAUUGCGACACGAGCGAGGCAACACUUGCUUGUCAAACGUUACUGCUCACACAACCUUCCAUUAUGAUCCUGGAUGAAGGUCACACACCGAGAAACGUAGAUACGGAUCAACUAAUGUCUAUAAGAAGAGUUCAAACACCUCGUAAGGUUGUGCUUUCGGGAACACUUUAUCAAAAUCACGUUAAAGAGGUGUUCAACAUAAUUGAUCUUGUUCGACCAAAGUUUAUGAGGUCUGAUUCUUCACGUGGGUUGAUGAGGCGAAUCCUAUGCAGAAUUCCUGGAGCAAGGACCUUUAAGACGAGCGGAGUAUACGAUGCUUUUUACGAGGCAGUUGAACGGAGUCUACAAAACAGCGAAGAUUUUAGGAUGAAGGGAAUGAUCAUCCAAGAUUUACGACAACUUACUGCUAAAAUUCUCCACUAUUAUAAGGGUGAUUUCCUUGACGAGCUUCCGGGGCUAUUCGAUUUCACUGUGUUUCUUAAACUCAGCAAGGAACAGAAAAUCGAGAUUGAUAAUUUAAAGAAGUCAACGGGUAAGUUUGCUAUAAGCUCCAUUGGAAGUUCUCUUUACGUGCACCCUCAGUUAAAGGUGUUGAAAUGUAAAGAGAAAGACAGAGUUGAUGAUGAAAAAAUUGAUCAUAUCCUAGAGGAUAUAGACUUGAGUGACGGGGUAAAAGCUAAGUUCUUCCUUACUCUACUCGGGCUAUGUGAAUCUAGCGAUGAGAAACUAUUGGUGUUCAGUCAGUUCCUACCUCCGUUGAAGUUUCUGGAGAGACUAGCUAUUAAGGAAAAAGGAUGGAGUGUUGGAAAACAAAUCUUUGGCAUUACAGGUGAUUCGACCUCUGAGAUGCGAGAGCUGUCUGUGGAAAGAUUCAACACUUCAGUCGAUGCACGGGUGUUCUUUGGUUCGAUCAAAGCUUGUGGAGAAGGGAUAUCUCUUGUGGGUGCUUCUAGAGUUAUUGUAUUGGACAUGCAUUUGAAUCCAUCAAUAACAAGACAAGCAAUAGGCCGUGCAUUUCGUCCAGGCCAAAAGAAGAAGGUGUUUGUUUAUCGGCUCAUAGCUAAGGACUCGCCCGAGGAGGAAGACCACGAAACAUGCUUUAGGAAAGAGUCCAUAGCCAAGAUGUGGUUCGAAUGGACUCAAUAUGACAAUAAUCCACACAUGGAAAUGGAGAGGCUUCAAGUGUCCCAAUGUGGGGACAUUUUCUUAGAGUUGUCCAAGUUGAAUGAAGAUGUUGAACAGCUUUAUAAAAGGUAAUCAAGUCUAAGGACCGGUUUCAUUUGUUUGAGCUGUCUCUCAUCAAGGUUGAGCUUUAUCUAUACUUGGUUGUAAGUGGGA